AUGUGGGAAAAUGUGGCUUCCUCCCAGUCCUCCCAGGAGUUUCUGUCCCAGUUUACCCAGGUGAAUUCUCCAAACAGCGGAGACCGUAAACACCGAGACGCCAGCGCCGUGAUGCCCUUCAUCGGCCUCACCAGCAGCGCUGAUCAGAGCCGCAGCUGCUGCAAAAACGGAGGAACCUGCAUCCUGGGCAGCUUCUGCGCCUGCCCUCCAUUCUUCACCGGGAGGAGUUGCGAGUACGACACCCGACUCAGACGAUGUGGCGUUGUUCCUCAUGGUGAGUGGGUCCAGAAAGGCUGUUCCUACUGCCGCUGUUUCUACGGCGUCUUGCAUUGCUUCCCUCACGUUUUCCACCAGGACUGCGAUGACUCGGAUGAAGAGGUUCGUUGGUAUCACUCGGCGGCGGUCAGGUUGACUCCUCCCAGCUGUUUCCUGUCUCUGCUGCUGCUACUUCCUGUGCUCCUGGUCUUCUGACGCCACCGGACUUUAUUCUCUAAUCGGCUCCAAACCGACGUGGAUAAUAAAACUGAUGAUGCUGCAGUAUUUAUUUAAGAGUUCUUCCAAAGUAAAGCCUGUUUGUCUGAAAGAUCUAAAUGUAUGGAAGAAGAUUAGUGCCACUAUAAAAAAAAUCUCAGAAAUUAGAUGUUUUUACCUCAUAAUUGUAACUUUUUUUUCAGAUUUUACUUUUUUCUUAAAAUCACUUUUUGGAUUUUUUUUUCUCAAAAUUUUAACA